GUCCUGCAAAGUCGAAUCUUAAUCAACACAUCGACAACGCAAUCUUCAAAGCAAACUACAAUUCAACAAACUCACCAAACAAUUCUCGUAAUCUUUAAUAUCGACAUCAGUCAACCCCUUCCAACAUUCAAAAUGCAGUUCUCCGCCAUCUUCGCCUCCGCCAUUGCCUUCACCGGCUUGGCCGCUGCUCAGGUCCAGAAGCCUUUCGCCCAGAUCACCGUCGAGUCUUCUCACGGCGGUGCUGGCAACGGUCUCGUGAACAAGACCAUGCUAGUCGGUUUCGAAGGUCCCCAGACGAGCGCAGUCCUUAAGGAGGUUUCGACUCUUUACCUUACCGGCGCUAAUGGAGUUGAUAUCAACACCGUCGUUUGCCAGCCUCACAAGAAUGCAGACGGCUCCGACACUGCCGCCAAGACCUUCGACGUCAACAACCCCGGUCGUCUGUCUACCAACACUGUCGUUAUUGGCAGCAUCACCUGCCGCCACUCUUAAGCUGGGGUCAUGAGGACUACUUGGUGAAGGUUUCGCGUUGAAGUUGCUUGUCAUUCGGGGGAACUGGAAUCAUAUAGAGGGAGGAAAAACCUGUGCGAUGCAUAUAUAAUGGUGUUUACCGGCGCAUAUGAUUCAAUUCGCUCGUUUGUAUCACUGUUAGACUAUCAAUAUAAAAGUUGCACCCUACGUCAUUUUGUCUUCUUGAUUCGCUUAUCUCGGGUUGAAUGUGCCGUCUGAAUUGUGGCUAGGAUUUUAAUGCUUGUAUUUUGUGGCGAAAGCUUCCGUGCCUUUGGCUUGGCGCUAUGUACCCUACCCAACUGAUGGAAGGUACUAGUGAAUAAGGUAUCAUUUAUAAAGGUAAAUGUGAAUUUGAAUUCGGAUUGUGGCCAAGCUUAGUUUGAGCUCAUUGGAAGGUUAACUUUAUGAGGUAUGUAUUGUGUUAUUACCUAUACAUACAUGUAUGUACCUAUGCAUGUUGACUUUCAG